GUGGAAGGUUAUUGAAGAAAUGGAUUUUCCAAGAUUAUCAAAAUUGAGUCUACCAAAUGUUCUUGAUCCAGAUGAUUUGGUAAAAUGUGGUGAACUGGAAUAUUAUGACAAGGCUUAUGAUCGUGUCAACAUUAAGAAUGAAGUCCCACUUGCCUUGCAAAACAGGAUUUUCCAUAAAGUCACAAUGACUGAUGAUCCUGUUAUCAGAAAUGCAGGUGUUAAUGAGAUCUGAAGGUCAAUCUGUGUUCUGGCUAUUUAUCAAGGAACAUCUUAACUCUAGUGAAAUAAAGACAUAUAAUUCUUUACAUAAUGUAAUGACAGAUGUUGGUAGAGCUCAAGCAUGGCUUAGGUCUAGUUUAAACGAGCAAUCACUGGAGAAAUAUCUUCAUAGCUUCAUUGGGCAUAAACAAUUGCUUUUUCAGUAUUAUGAGCAAGAUGCAUUAUUAUUGGAUGAUGAACGAUCUAGUAUGUUACCAAUGAUGGCUGCUGGCUUAAGUUCAAUUCUUUUUGCAAUUGACAUUGACAAAGCUGAGUUUAACUCUAUUACUGUACAGAUUCCGGGCAAUAUCAGCCAAGCAGUUUCUCGUCCAACAUCAAUAUGGGCUGUACCAUCACCAAUGUAUGCAACGUCAGGAGUUCUUGGUGAAGUACAUGCUCGUGGUAACCAUGCUUUCACUAAAAGGCCUGACGAUUUUCUUGAAAUGCCAAAGAACUCUCAGUUGGCUUAUUGUUCGAAUUCUGAGAAUUCAAGUCUUUCUUCCACAAUGGCGAAAACCAACGUUGAGAACAAGGAGAAUGAAACAGAUGAACAAGUGGCUCGAUUAACAAAGAAAAGCCAGGAAGUUCUGCAUCUUAAAGACGAGUUUAAAACUGCGAAUGAUUUGAAAAAAAAUCAUUCUUUGACAACAUCUUUGCAAUCAGGGCAUUACACUGACUCAUCGCUCUUGUCGGAGGAAGAAGUGUGA